AACAGCAUAUCAAACUAAAGAGAAUAUGAAAUAAUUAUUACAGAACGUGCAAUAUAUUUGUAAUCACUUGAACACAAUGAAUAAAACAAUAUUUUUUUCUGGAGGACAUAUAAGUGAAUGGAAUUUAGGUAGCUUUCACCAAACUGUGAAAAUCUAUGGAGACACUUGGUGGCGCUGCAGGAUAACAUCGUGAAAAAUAUAUUUACUGGAUGGCGUUGUGAGCACUGAUAUCCAGUGCACACAGAGAAUCAGAAGACAGAAAGAACAAGCCUUCACGAGGGUGACCUAGAAGCCAUUCGACAGGGUUAAAAUCCUUAGACUACAGAGGAUUUGGUGGACAAGUCAGAGACGCGUUCCCCAGAGCUGAAGCCUUUCUUCAAGAAGCCUACAAGAAAGGAGCUAUGGAGAACGGAAGGGCAUGCACUCAGCAGAUAAGGCAAGUCCUGCUUCUCUUUGUUUUGCUGGGAAUGUCUCAGGCGGGCUCUGAAACUGGGAGCUUUUCCGUGGCAGAGGAAAUGCAGAGCGGGAGUUUUGUAGGCAAUCUGGCAAAGGAUCUGGGGCUGAAGGUGAGAGAACUGUCCUCACGGGGGGCUCGGGUGGUCUCUAAUGAUAAGAAACAGCGUUUGCAGCUGGACAUAAACACUGGGAAUUUGCUCUUAAGUGAAACACUAGACAGGGAGGAGCUCUGCGGUUCCAUCGAGCCUUGUGUGCUACAUUUCCAGGUGUUAAUGCAAAACCCCACGCAGUUUUUACAAAUUGAGCUUCAGGUCAGGGAUAUAAAUGAUCACUCUCCCAUCUUCUUGGAAAAACAAAUGCUCCUAGAAAUCCCAGAGAACAGUCCUGUUGGUGCUCUGUUCUUACUACAGAGUGCGAAGGAUUUAGAUGUAGGAAUCAAUGCUGUAAAAAGCUACACAAUAAGCCCCAACUCUCAUUUUCACAUUAAAAUGAGAGUCAAUCCAGACAAUAGGAAAUAUCCCGAGUUAGUUCUGGACAAGGAGCUGGAUUAUGAAGAGCGCCCGGAGCUCAGUUUCAUCCUCACUGCUCUGGAUGGCGGGUCCCCUCCCAGGUCUGGAACUGCCUUGGUCAAAGUGGUGGUGGUGGACAUUAACGACAACUCCCCUGAGUUUGAGCAGGCUUUUUAUGAGGUGAAGAUUCCGGAGAAUAGCAUCCUUGGCUCGCUGGUUUUGACUGUCUCAGCUUGGGAUUUAGACUCUGGAAGAAAUGGUGAAAUAUGCUAUACCUUAUCCCAUGCCUCAGAAGAUAUUCGCAAGACAUUUGAAAUUCAUCAAAAGUCUGGAGACAUUACUUUAGCAGCACCUUUGGAUUUCGAAACGAUUGAGUCAUACUCGAUAAUCGUUCAAGCCACAGAUGGGGGAGGACUUUUUGGAAAAUCUACAGUCAGAAUUCAGGUGAUGGAUGUAAAUGACAAUGCUCCUGAAAUCACUGUGUCAUCAAUUACCAGUCCAAUCCCAGAAAAUACGCCAGAGACCGUGGUUAUGGUUUUUAGUAUCAAAGAUAUAGACUCUGGGGACAACGGAAGAAUUGUUUGUUCCAUUCCUGAAGACCUCCCAUUCGUGCUAAAAUCUUCAGUUGAGAAUUACUACACGUUGGAAACAGAGAGACCACUGGAUAGAGAGAGCACAGCCGAGUACAAUAUCACCGUAACCGUCACUGACUUGGGGAUACCCAGGCUGAAAACCGAGCACAAUACAACUGUGUUGGUCUCCGACGUCAAUGACAACGCCCCCGCCUUCACCCAAACCUCCUACACCCUGUUCGUCCGCGAGAACAACAGCCCCGCCCUGCACAUCGGCAGUGUCAGCGCCACAGACAGAGACUCAGGCACCAACGCCCAGGUCACUUACUCGCUACUCCCGCCCCAGGACCCGCACCUGCCCCUCGCCUCCCUGGUCUCCAUCAACACAGACAACGGCCUCCUGUUCGCCCUUAGGUCCCUGGACUACGAGGCCCUGCAGGCGUUCGAGUUCCACGUGGGCGCCACAGACCGCGGCUCCCCGGCGCUGAGCAGCGAGGCGCUGGUGCGCGUGCUGGUGCUGGACGCCAACGACAACUCGCCCUUCGUGCUGUACCCGCUGCAGAACGGCUCCGCGCCCUGCACCGAGCUGGUGCCCCGGGCGGCCCAGCCGGGCUACCUGGUGACCAAGGUGGUGGCGGUGGAUGGCGACUCGGGCCAGAACGCCUGGCUGUCGUAUCAGCUCCUCAAGGCCACGGAGCCCGGGCUGUUCGGCGUGUGGGCGCACAAUGGCGAGGUGCGCACCGCCAGGCUGCUGAGCGAGCGCGACGCGGCCAAGCACAGGCUGGUGGUGCUGGUCAAGGACAAUGGCGAGCCUCCGCGCUCGGCCAACGCCACGCUGCACGUGCUCCUGGUGGACGGCUUCUCCCAGCCCUACCUGCCGCUCCCGGAGGCUGCCCCGGCCCAGGCCCAGGCCGACUCGCUCACCGUCUACCUGGUGGUGGCGUUGGCCUCGGUGUCUUCGCUCUUCCUCCUCUCGGUGCUCCUGUUCGUGGCGGUGCGGCUGUGCUGGAGGAGCAGGGCGGCCUCUGUGGGUCGCUGCUCGGUGCCCGAGGGCCCCUUUCCAGGACAUCUGGUGGACGUGAGCGGCACCGGGACCCUGUCCCAGAGCUACCAGUACAAGGUGUGUCUGACGGGAGGUUCCGGGACAAAUGAAUUCAAGUUCCUAAAACCGGUUAUCCCUAAUAUCCAGGCAAAAGGUCCUGGGAAGAAUAGUGAAGAAAACCCCACCUUUCGAAAUAGCUUUGGAUUUAAUUUUUAGUAAGAAUGCUAUUUACAUUUUCAUAUACUUUUUUAGUUUUAUAUAAUCAUAUCAACAUUAUUUAGUUUUAAACUAGUUACGUUAUUAUGCAAUACAACUAAUUGUAUUUUUAAUUUUUUCUUUUCUCCCCCCACCUUUUUUUUUUGAGACUGAAUCUCGUUCUGUCGCCCUGGCUGGAGUGCAAUGGUGUGAUCUCAGCUCACUGCAACCUCUGCCUCUCGGGUUCAAGCAAUUCUCCUGCCUCAGCCUCCCGAGUAGCUGGCAUUACAGGCGCCUACCACCACGCCCGGGUAAUUUUUUUUUUUUUUAAUCUUUAGUAGAGACGGGGUUUCACCGUGUUAGCCAGGCUGGUCUUAAACUCUUGACCUCAUGAUCCACCCGCCUUGGCCUCCCAAAGUGCUGGGAUUACAGGUGUGAGCCACCGCGCCUGGCCUUUUUUUUUUUUUUUUUUCCUUUUUGAUACAGAAUCUUAGUCACCCAGACUGGAGGUCAGUGGCAGGAUCUCAGCUCACUGCAACCUCUGCCUCCUGGGCUCAAGAGAUCAGCCCACCUCAGCCUCCAAGUAGCUGGGACUACAGGCGUGCGCCACCAUGCCCGGCUACUUUUUGUAUUUUUUGUAGAGACGGAUCGUCACCAUAUUUCUUAGGCUGGUCUUUAACUUCUGAGCUCAAGCGUUGCACUGCCCUCAGCCUCCCAAAGUGCUGGGAUUACAGGCGGCCAGGCCUAUUUUCAAUUUUCAAGUAUUGCAUAUCAUUGUGAAUAACAUUGUAAAUCCUUUUUGUAUUAAGUAACAGGUAGUUAAUCCAUUUCUAAUGAAUAAUUUUAAGGUUUUAAUCCUUUCCAAGUGUACAAUAAUUUACUGAUUAUUAUUUCUCAUUCUAGAAAACUGACUUUGAUUUUUCUCUUAGGUUUUUUGUUUUGUUUUGUUUUUUUGAGACGAUGUUUCACUCUUGUCACCCAGGCUGGAGUGCAAUGGUGUGAUCUCAGCUCACUGCAAUCUCUGCCUCCCAGGUUCAAGCGAUUCUCCUGCCUCAGCCUCCAGAGUAGCUGGGAUUACAGGUGCACCACCACACCCAGCUAAUUUUGCAUUUUUAGUAGAGAUGGAGUUUCACCACGUUGGUCAGGCUGGUCUCUAACUCUUGAUCUCAGUGAUCUGCCCACCUCAGCCUCCCAAAAAGCUGGGAUUGCAGGCGUGAGCCACCGUGCCCAUUUCCUCAAAUGCCCAGCCUCCCCUAGUAUUUUUCACUGUCUGCAUCCUAUGAUCCUAACCACUUGUGUAUUGUAGUUUCUUCAUGGGAGAAGUCAUAUCUGCCCUUCCAACCUUAUUCUAACAUUCUAUUUAUUCAUUUAAAAAGCCACAUCAUCUAGUUCUAAAUCACAGCAUUUAAAGAGAAACAUUUCAUUAUUAAUGUGCUCAUGGUAAAUUAAAUAUUAUUUUGUGAUUAAUAUUAUACUUCAAUAAUAACUGUGCUUGUACUAUUUUCUUAAAUACACUACGCUUACUUGGCUAAUAUUUUUAAUGCUUACUUUUGUGUAUAUAUAUAUAUAUAUAUAGAGAGAGAGAGAGAGAUCAUGUCUUAUAAUCCAAACAAAAUGUAAUAAACUGUAUGAAAAUAAAUAGGAAUAUUAAAACAUUUUGAUAAUUUUGGGAUGAGAAUAUUGGUGGACUGUUGGAAAGAUAUUCACUUUUCCUUUUAUUUUGUAAAUUUAUUUCAUUAUUUUCAAAUGUAAAAAUCAAGGUGAACUAAAGGUUGAAAGAAAAACAAGGCCUGGCUCAGUGGUUUGGCUGGGUGGGUUAGAUCACGCCUGUAAUCUCGGCACUUUGGAAGGCUGAUGCGAGCGGGUCA